AUGGAUUUCUGUGAGAUGGUCAUUGACAUGAUCUGGAGGACCAUGUCAAAUAAUUGGUAUUCAGUCAUUGUCAAUGGCACUAGGUUUGGUUUUUUCCACUCCUCUAGAGGUCUAAAACAAGGAGAUCCUCUAUCCUCUUCUUUGUUCAUUAUUGGAGCUGAAUUGCUCUCUAGAAUGCUGAACACACUCAACCACAGUCAACUUUUCAAUGGGUUCUAUAUGGAAAGGAGGGGUCCUCAAGUUAAUCACCUCAGUUUUGCUGAUGACAUCAUGAUUUUCUCAUCUGGGGGCAGGUCCUCCUUGCAAAGGAUCAUGUGGAUUCUCAACAACUAUGAAAAAACACCUGGUCAACAAAUCAAUAGGCAGAAGAGUCACUUUAUGUCAUCCCCUUGUGCUUUUCAGUCUACUGUAAGAAGAAUCCAAACAGUCACAGGUUUUACAAAGAAAACAUCUCCAUUGACCUGCCUUGGAUGUCCUCUAUACAGAGGUAGAUCGAGAAUAUCUCAUUUCAACAGCCUCACAUCCAAGAUAGUUGGGAGAAUCAGAGGUUGGCAUGGGAAAAAACAAAUAGAGAAGAUUGCUGCUAACUUCUUCUGGGGCAUGGAGAAUAACAGAAGGAAAUAUCAUUGGGCUUCAUGGCAUAAACUAUGCUUUCCAGUCAAAGAAGGAGGCUUGGGCUUCAGAACCAUAGCAGAUACAUGCAAAUGUAUGGAACUCAAGCGGUGGUGGCACUUUAGAACGGCUCAAUCUCUAUGGAGUAGUUUCUUAAGGGCCAAAUAUUGUCAGAGAUCCAAUCCCAUCUCCAAAAAAUGGGUUUCUGGUCAAUCUCAAGCAUGGAAAAGAAUGAUGUUCAAUAAGAAGGAAGCUGAAAAGAACAUCAGGUGGAGGCUUCACUCUGGUAAUUGCAGUUUCUGGUGGGAUAAUUGGUUAGGCUCUGGGCCAUUAUCUCAUCACAGGAAUGAAGGUGGUAGACCUGGGAAUGUCCAAGUCUCCAAUUUUUGGACAGAGGCCAUUUGGACUCCUAAUGCCAAUGGUAAGUUUACCUGUGCCUCUGCAUGGGAAGUGAUCAGGAACAGGAAACAACCUAACUUCACCAAUAAAAUGACUUGGCACAAGAAGAUCCCCUUCAAGUGGUCCUUUUGCCUAUGGAGAGCCCUCAGAAACAAGCUCCCUACUGAUGAUAGGGUUCUCCCCUUUAGUUCUCCCACAGGCACUAGGUGUGUUUGUUGCUCUUUCCACACCAGUGAAACAGUGGAUCAUCUGUUUAGUAUGGGAAAGUUUGCUAGAAUUGUGUGGGGGAGAUUCAGUGGUCUAGUUGGAGUGCAAACAGAACAGAUUCCCCUCAGACUUCUCCUAAUGAAAUGGUGGUGUUUAAAAAGCCACAAUGAGGUUCAGAACUCAUUCUUCACACCCUUCCCAUCUUCAUCUGUUGGAACCUUUGGAAGAACAGAUGCAGAACUAUACCCUCUGAUUGAGAGACUUGAACACCAGACUUUGUCUACACAGGUUAUUUGGGAAAAGCCAAUUCCUGGUUUUGUUAAAAUCAAUAGUGAUGGUAGUGCUCUAACUAAUCCAGGAAAGAUAGGAGCAGGGGUGAUUGUCAGAGAUCACGAUUGUACUUUUAUCCAUGCCAUUGCUGCUCCUAUUGGAGAAGGUACUAACAAUUAUGCUGAAACUGAGGCAGCAAUCUUAGGAAUCCAAUUGUGUUUAAACAAUGGUUUCACCAAGGUCCACCUGGAAACUGACUCUGCACCCUUCUUUACCACCAGAAUCAGGAACACAACUGAUUGCAGUCAACACAAGAACCUGCAAUCAGCUAUUCCUCAUAAACCAGAGAUCCCACCAAAACCUCUGCCCCCAAACUCUUUUCCAGAACACACAAGAACCUGGAAUUUGAAGGCCCCUUUUCUAACAUGUUUGUUAUGUUUGCAGGUACAUUGUGUAGACUUGGGCAAUUUGUGUACUCUCAGUCAGUGGUAUUAG